AUGCCAUUGCCGGUUCGAUGGCUUCACUGUGACCACACCCAGUGCUAUUAUGGAGCUAUAUUUGAUGUGACCGACGGUUCCUAUGCUGUCUACGUCACCAACAUGACCGAUGUGUGGUGCGACCAAGGGGGUCGGGCCGAUCUUGAGAAGAAAUUGGCGGCGAUAUGUCUUGAAGAUCUACCUGACGACGCGUGGCAGGCGGCGCUAGAGGCGCUCUCCGAAGUCAAUGCCACACUAGACUUUACUCAAGAGGAGUGUUGUGUCAAAAUUGCCAUUGACGAUGAUCAUGUGACAUUCACCUUGCACAAGACUGACCCCGGACCUUUCCUUUGGCAGUGGGUCGAAGCACUUCUUGUAUCCCACGAGACGCUUAAAACUCGCCAACAUAAACUCUUUGACAUCAUCAGCGAUAAGGACUUUUACAUCCGCAACUUGGAACAGGCAGUACUCGCCCAGGCACAAGGCGACAAGCUCUUGCGGACAAUGAGAGACAAUUACCAGGACGUUGCCAGCAAUAUGGGCAAAUUCGACAGGCACAAGUGGCUUAAACGACAGGAGCGACAGCCACAGCAAUCGUUUGAACUGUCGAUGAAGACGUACCGUUCGCCGACGAAGCGUAAACGCAACCGCGCUCAAUGGGACGACGUGCCGUCUUUAGAGUACCGACCGCCAUCAUCUGAACCCGAAAGUCCUAGUAAACGCCCCCGUAGACAGCGGUAG